UUAAGGCAGGCGGCGGCCGGAAGUGCUGGCGACCGAGUGCUGUCGCGAGCGCGCCUGCUGCGCAUGCUCAUUCCUCCCCUCCCCCAGCCUCUGACUCGGCCGUUCGGAGACGCACACUGGCCACCCAGCCCUUUGACUGCAUGUGAGAAAUGGCAAAUGCCGAAGUGAGCGUCCCUGUGGGGGAUGUGGUGGUUGUACCAAGCGAAGGAAAUGAAGGGGAGAACCCGGAAGAUACCAAAACCCAAGUGAUACUACAGCUACAGCCAGUGCAGCAAGGUUUGUUUAUCGAUGGACACUUUUACAACAGGAUUUACGAAGAGGGCUCUGAGACCAGUGCCGCUGUGGUGGCUGUAGAAACACAUACCAUACACAAACUAGAAGAAGGGAUUGACCCCAGCACCAUUGAAACCAACGAGGAAAUUGAGAUUGCCUACCCCAUCACCUGUGGGGAGAGCAAAGCCAUUCUCCUCUGGAAGAAGUUUGUCUGUCCAGGAAUUAACGUCAAGUGUGUCAAGUUUAAUGACCAGUUGAUCAGCCCUAAGCACUUUGUUCAUUUGGCUGGCAAGUCUACCCUGAAGGACUGGAAGAGAGCCAUUCGCCUUGGAGGAAUCAUGUUGAGGAAGAUGAUGGACUCUGGGCAAAUCGACUUCUACCAGCACGACAAGGUUUGCACCAACACCUGUCGAAGCACCAAAUUUGAUCUCCUGAUCAGCAGUGCCAGAGCACCGGUGCCAGGGCAGCAGACAAGUGUGGUGCAGACGCCCACAUCAGCUGAUGGGAGCAUCACCCAAAUCGCAUUGUCCGAGGAGAGCAUGGAGGAAGGGAUUGAAUGGAACUCUGCUCUGACAGCUGCUGUCACCAUGGCCACUGAGGAGGGCAUCAAGAAGGACACAGAGGAGAUUUCGGAGGACACGCUGAUGUUCUGGAAAGGAAUAGCCGACGUGGGGCUGAUGGAAGAGGUCGUCUGCAACAUCCAGAAAGAGAUAGAAGAGGUGCUGAAAGGUGUCCAGCAGAGGCUCGGCCAGUCUCCCUUCCAGAUCACAGAUGCUGCAGUCCUGAAUAAUGUGGCCCACACUUUUGGCUUGAUGGACACAGUCAAGAAAGUUUUGGACAACAGGAAAAGCCAAACAGAGCAGGGAGAAGAGCAGUUUCUUUAUACUUUAGCAGACCUGGAACGCCAGCUGGAGGAGCAGAAGAAGCUCGCCAGGGAUCAGAAGAUAAAGUCUCAGACGAUCCAGAACGUGGUGCUGAUGCCAGUCAGUGCUCCAAAACCCCCUAAGAGACCUCGUCUGCAGCGCCCAGCCUCAGCCACAGUCUUGAGUCCCUCCACCCCCGUCCAGCAGCCUCAGUUCACAGUCAUCUCACCCAUUGCCAUUGCCCCUAUGGGACAGCAGUUCUCAGUGGGCAACAUUCCGGUGGCAACCAUCAGCCAGGGAUCCAGCCCAGUGACUCUCCACACCUUGCCAUCCUCACAGCUCUUCCGAUAUGCCACCGUGGUGUCUUCCUCCAAGUCCAGUUCAUCUGACACUGUAACCCUUCAUCCGUCCUCGAGCUUGGCCCUGCUGAGCUCAGCUGCGAUGCAGGACAGCGGUGGCCUGGCUAACGUGGCCACAGUGGUGAACCCUGUGGAACUGGUGGCCAUGGAGUCUGGCCUGACCUCUACCAUCCAAGCUGUUGAGGGCACCUCAGAAGAUGGACAGACCAUCAUAGAGAUAGACCCAGCACCAGAUCCUGAAGCAGAGACUGAGGAAUCAGAGGGCAAAGCUGUGAUUCUGGAAACUGAGCUGAGGACAGAGGAGAAAGUGAUGGCAGAGGUUGAGGACCAUCAGCACCAGUCCAAAAACGGAAAAAGCUGGAGAAACACGGAGAGGCCCAAGAAAAGGCUCCAUCUCUGUGGAGUGAUGGACAAAAUCAACCAUUUCUGCAGGGAGGAAGGAGGAGUGAUUCUGCAGACCAGAAGAGGAGAGCACCUCUCCUUCCUGAGCGUGCACAGUGAUACAGUCCAUAUUCUUGUUUAUGCCCAGGCCUGGUCAUUGCUAGGACUAUUUUAUUUGAGAGAGACUCUCUGGCCAGUCACUGGAGCACUGAUCUUACUGCUGGAAGGGGUUGAUUAUUGCUUUGGGGGAAACAGGUACCUCAUUUUUAUUUUUUCCCAGGGAAGAGAAUUCUGUCCAACUCCUCAUUAUCAACUAUGCUGGUAUUUUGCUUUUGGCAAGGAAGCAGCAACCCUGACUGUAGUGUUCAUUGUCCCCUUUCCCACACCCUGUGGUUUUUUUUGUUUUGUUUUGUUUUGUUUUGCUUUGCUCUCCCUUCCCCUUUCCAGAUCUGUUGGCUGCUAAAGUGCUUAAGCUGCUUUUGGGUUCUGUCACCCAAAUCCUGCUUCUUCCCUUCCUGGUCUUCUCCCUCCCAGGCCUUGUAAGUUUCUUUGCCGCAGGACACUGUUACAAGACACUGCUCGCUUAAGCCUGGUGCAUAAAGGAGAAGAAUCAAUGCACUGGUAAAAACACAGCCCUCCCUUUAGCAUAGCGCUGACCUCCUGGAUAUAUAAAGCGUGUGUUGUGCUGUUGCUUCCUGGGAGAGCUGGACUCCACGGGGCAGGAGCCCCAUCUGUUUAUGCUGCACGCUGGAAACUGUACUUGCUAGUUGCUACAUGUUGGUGUGUGAGUUAUUUUCUUUUUUUCCCUUAAUCUAUUUGCAGGAUUAGAACAGGCAUAUUAUUUUAGCGUUGUGACUGCCUCAGCAUUCCCCCCCAGCCACUUCUUUAGUGGGGGGGCUCUUUUGUUUCUUUGUGGGGCGAGGAAGGCAAGGAGGGAAUCUAUUUUUAGUUCAACUGUUGAAUUAUGGGGAAUUGGGAGGGCUGGGGGAAAUCUGCUUGGUUGAAAUAUUUUAAGCAAAACAGUAACAACAGAAAUAGACCCGGAGUGGGGGGAGGAGGAGGUGUGUGGUUAUUUUAUUUAAAAAAAAAUUUUUUUUUUGCAUUAAAAGGAAAAAUUUAAAUGCAUCUAGAUUAUUAAUGGGAAGGACGACCGGUGAAUUUGUUGUUUGUAUUUUAAUAGCACCUCAAUCCAGAUUGGGGCCCUGUUUUGCCAGGCACUGCGCCUGCACAUAGGAAAUAGUCCAUGAAUAUAGCACUUACACUGUAAACAAAGGAAGGGAGAAAGGAAAUAUUAUUUAUUAAGAGACAGACAUUAAAGGCCUGAUUUUCCACUC